AUGCUCAGACCAGCCAGCAAGACAAAGACCGCAAGUGCCCCGGCCCACAGCUCUAGACAGGCGAGGAUCGAGUCUCCUCGAGUGGGCCCACUCCCAGAGCAGGGAGUCUCACUCGAGGAUGGAGUCCCCACAGCGUCCCCGGCGAGAUCCGGGUUCCCCCGCAUCGCCCCCGCCCUGAGCCCAGCGCGGGUCCCCCGAGCCCCUCCCGGGCCCCCGCGCAGCAGGCCCGCGUCCCGUGCGUGCAGAUUCCAGCGUGCCCAGGAACAGCCACGUCGUCCUGAGUGGACCCCAAAACCCCCGGCCCGCGGUCCCAGACGCACCCUGAUACCCACCCGGGUCCCGCCGCGAGAGCUGGACACGCGCCGGCUCCAGGAGCCACCACCACCGCCGCCGCCACUGCCGCCGCUGCCGCCGCCGCUAGCGAGGCGCGGCGGGGAGGGGAUGUGGAGAGGCCGGCCUCGCUCCGCCUCCGCUCCGCCCCCGAUCGCCUCGCUCCGCCCCGGGACCCAGCCCCACGCAGCCGGGAACGCCGCGCCCAGCCUCCAACCUGGGGUCUCGCGUAUCCGUCGACCCGUGCUCCGGGCUCUCUGCUGA